AUGAGUGUUCUGUCAAGAAGCGGGCAGAGGUUUCUCUGGGUGGUGCACCACCCCAACGAAAAGGACAGCAGCGCGGCCUACCUCGGCACUGCCGCUACCGAUGCCGACCCGCUGAGCUACCUGCCCGAAGGGUUCGUCGAGAGGAUGAGCGGCACAGGGCUCCUUGUGCCACUAUGGGCACCGCAGGUGGAGAUCCUUAACCACGCCGCCGUGGGAGGGUUCAUGUCUCAUUGCGGAUGGAACUCCACGCUGGAGAGCGUGUCGGCGGGCGUGCCGAUGGUGGCGUGGCCGUUGUACGCCGAGCAGAGGUUGAACGCAGUGAUGUUGUCGUCGGAGCGGGUGGGCCUGGCGUUGUAUGUAAGGCCUCCGCUCGGUAAGGACGGUGCGGUUGUCCCACGGGACGACGUGGCGGCGCUGGUCAGGGCGCUUAUGGAAGUGGAGAAGGGCGCCGCGGCGCGGAAAAAGGCCGGCCACCUCCGGGCUGAGGCCAAGAUUGCUUCGGCGCCGGGCGGGCCGCAGGAUCGAGCUCUCACGGUAGUGGCUCGCAUGAUUUCCUUGCAUCGGAAGAGCCACGGUGAGUAA